AUGGACGUUCCACUUCUUAAAAUUCGUGAACUUUUAGGCAUACUCUCGGAUAGAGAUUCCGUGGAAUCUGCAGCCAAAACAUCUUCGUCCGGCGGUAGGGCUCACGACAGGAAGGAGUUCCUCCACAGAUUCAUAGACUGCGAAAACCUAAGAAGAACACUCACAAGCUGGCUCGAGGAUUUAGCCGAACACAUGGCAGCAGCCCCAGCCUUCGACCCUCCUUUCGAGAGGAUCGAUCUUCAGAAGUUUGACUAUGCGCUCGAAGGCGUUCAGUUCCAGCAGCUCGUCCGAAUGCCGAGCGCCGUUUAUGAGCCAACAUCUGGCGCUUUGGAGGGAAAUGCCUUUCUAGCUUUAGAGGAUUUCAUGCACACAAGCGCCAGUAGCCUGUGGGAGGCCUUCUGGGGAGAGGAAAGUGACGACCUAAUGCCUUUCUACGUCUCAUCUUUGUAUGACCGAAACCUGAAGUUCUACCAGGCUGAGAAGGUCAUUGCCAGGGGUAAAACCGGAAGGUUAUGUGCCUCGGCCAUAAUGCUGAAAAAUCCGAGACAUCCACAGGGAAAAUGGGACGAUGUAGUUGAGCUGGCACUUUUGAGGCCUGACGUCCGGAGUCUUGAUCCGACGGAUGAGGGCGAUGGUGAUGAUUCUUACCCAUCUUUCUCUCUCAUUGGUGAAGCUUUGUUUUUCGCCCUCCGUGUGUUGAUCGCGAGGAGCGUGAGCAGAUCGAGUGUUCCUGCGAGUUCAAAUUACGUUUUUGUCCUUGUGGUGGAUUCGCAGCACGGGAGUGUCGUGAGAGUCGAAGGCGACCUGAAUAAGAUGGAUUUCGAUCUCAACAGUAAUAUUUAUGAAUCUGCUGCCUCUUGGUUUAAGAAUCACUCGCACGUUUCUAUUUCUCCAGUAGAGAGGAUUUGGAACAAUCUCGGCAAUGCAAACUGGGGAGAUGUUGGUGCUUUACAGGCGCUUUAUGCUACUUAUCACUCCAUAGCACAAUUUGCUGGUAUGCCUAAGAACGCAAUCGAAGAUUUAGCCGCCGACCAUAUUUGCCGCCUUCAGGCAAGGAAAAUCGAGAGACAAAUAGCAGAUAACAACUGUACUGAUAGUCUCAAUAAUACAAAGCUGAACGGUAAUAAUGGCUUGUUUCUGUCCCAACACCGCACGGCUUCCCCGGAAAUUGUAGAACUAAACGAGGAAUCCGUUAAAGUGGACCAUUCUCAAAAGCCGGCCAAGCUUCUAGAAGUUGGUGACGUCGUGCUUCUAGAAGAUUCCAACUCGCAAAACGGUUACAGGGUAGAUGAGGUCAUGAACGACAGCGAGUUCGUGUACUACAUCGCAUCCCGUGUCGAUAAACCUGGUGAAGAAGAUCUGUUCCUGUAUGCUGGGCCCCACCCUUCACAGAUGGAGCCCGCAUGGGAGGAUAUGAAGCUUUGGUACCAAGUCCAGAGGCAGACCAAAGUACUCGGGGUGAUGAGACAGAGAGGCGUGUCGAGCAAAUACCUUCCCCGGAUAAUUGCUUCGGGCCGGGCCAUUCAUUCGGGACCGUGCCGGAAAUCAAGCUCGGGCCGUAACAUUAACUGCGCCAACCCGUGGUGUGGGACCCCUAUCCUGGUGACUGCUCCGGUGGGCCCGACCGUGGCUGACCUGGUCAAAGGAGGCGAGUUCGGCCCAAACGAGGCUAUAAAAUGUUGCCACGGCUGUUUAUCCGCUCUGUCGGCUAGCGGUUCGGCUGGGGUCCGGCAUGGGGACAUAAGGCCCGAAAAUAUCAUCCGUGUGAAGAGAUCGGAUAUGAGUGCGUCGCAUUAUGUCGUGAUUGGUUGGGGCCACGCGAUAUUGGAAGAUCGGGACAGGCCGGCAAUGAAUCUCCAUUUUUCAGAAUCGGGUUCUUUAUCGAACACGAAAUUAUCUCCACAUCUUCAUGGUUUAUACUGCCUCCCAAUCCUUUCCUAA